AAAGAGUCGUUAGCAACCACCUGGUUCAGGUCACAAGCAGGGAGAGGAAGGACUGCAGAGUCCUUCGUUCUUUCUGGUGCAGCUUAACUGAUUUGAAGAAGCCGAAGAAGAAAAUCCAGUAGCACAGUUAAGACUUUAGCCAUGGCAUCUCUAUCACACCAAAAGCCAACAUCUACUACUCUGGGAAAACAAAUGAUUUUUACAGGUCCAGACUACAUAAAGGAUUAUUUACCCAAAAUUCAUCAGCACACCUCAUAUGUAGGAGAACAGCAUCCGGCGUUAGAAAAAACUGGAGAUCUCAGAUAUUUAUGGAGGCCUGCCUCAAAUAGAAGCUUGCCAGCAAAAUAUAAACACGAGUAUGUUGGUGAAAUUGGUUGGGGAGUACCACAGUUUAAUUUUAUCAACAAAUCAAGACUGGAGAGUGGCUUUCAUAUCAAGUAUGAAGAACUAAGUCAAGCUUCUCUUGAUUCAAUAACCCACAGAUAUCAAAACCCAUGGCAACCAAAACCUCAUGUCCUGGAUAUGCAAGGAAAACAGAGUCGCGCUUCUUUUGCCUGGCAUAUGAGUGCUUUCGAGGACACUGAUCAGAGAAAUUCCAAAUGGGCUAUUCUUGUUAGGCAGAGUAAGUCAUCAUUGCCAAGAGCUUCCAAACCAUCUAAGCUGCCGAAGCUACCAAAAAAGGAAAAGAAAAGGAAACAUUAGCCUCUAAAUCAGCAUAACUCAACCUGCUUUUAGAAGGAGAAACUGCCUACUACUGUAGAACGAAAAAUAAGAUCAUAAUAAUCCAUAAGUGCUUCUCAUAUUGCCCCAGGACAGAUGUCUUGCAAGAGUACGCUUCAGCUUAAAGCCCAAAUAAAGAGUUUGGAAAAAAGGUGUUGUCAGUCUUUGCAACCAUUAAUAUUGUUUCAUGAAACUAAUUGUUAUUGACUAUCAUACUAAUAGUAGCUGUUUACUGAGUGCUUAUAACAUCUAACACUAUUCCAAGUGCUUUACAUUCAUUCUCUAAUAUAAUUUCAUAACCAUAGGAGAUAGGUUCUAUUAUUUCCCCAGCUUUGCAGAUAAGGAAAUUAAAGCUUUGAAAGAUUACAUGGUUAGGAAGUAGCAGAACUUGGAUUUGACCCCGGGUUAUGGGACUCUAAAGCUAACAUAUAUGGCUUUUAAAGUAUUUUAUAAUAUUGGCAUGGUGCUUUAGCAGUAAAAAGCAGUUAUAUCCCUAAUUUUCAGAAGAGCCUCACAGCACCCUUGUUGAACAGGUACUAUCUUCCUUUUAC